GAGUUACGCGAUUUAGGAUGAUUUUAACAACUUAUUCGUAGAAUAUAGUGUUCUGAAUCAUUGGUGAACAAAAGUGAAUUGUUGAUAGUGAUAUCAGUGAACAUGUUGCCACAAACCAGCAUGUAGUGAACAACCCCGUUCAGAAACGGUCGUAAUGCCUUUUCGUACGAAAUUUAUCAGCAGUUUCACUAUCGGUAUACAGAACCCCCUUUCGCUGGUCAAAGCUGCUCAACAUGAACAUUACCAGUCCAAGCUGGCUGCUGCCUCACAAUGUGGGGCCAGGACCCCCCUGAGUCCUGUAACGCAGGCGACAAUCCAGAAGCAUCUGCCAGGGCUACCGACCAAGCGGCUGCUGAUGCAGCAGGCCUACCGAAAUGCAGCCGCCGCCGAACAGAUCCAGUGCACCAAGGUGGUGGAGAAACGGGACGUGGGCUGCUGUACCGAGGUAUGCAGCUCGGAUAAUCUGCCGGAGGUGGAGCUUUUCUCGCUCCUGGAAGAGCAGAUACCACGUUACAAGGUCCGAGCGGACACGACCACCACCUUCGGUGGCUACGAAAACCAGGACUGGUUCGUCAACUAUCCGGCGCUACCGAUCCCCCAGGAAGGUCUGGGCUUGACCACCGAGCAGACACGCGAGGCCCUCAACUAUUUCCGUGAGUAUUUGAUUUGACUUUUCCAAUGGAGUUUUAAUCAUAUCGUAAGUAAAUAUAUAAUAAGAAGAUGGAUAAUACUGGGGAAGGAACAGUCAUAAGAUACUCAUUGGUUCGAUUCUCAUUCAAAACAAUUUUAACCGUAGUUAGGAGGAUAACUGUAGUUAUAAGGACACAAGACAAA